GAGGGGGAUGUCGAUCUGCUAGCCGGCGAAGAAACCUACGAUGCUCAUGUUGUAUCCAGCUUGCUUAAAAUGUGGUUUCGAGAACUACCUGAUAACAUUUUAACGACGGAUUUGCUUAAAAAGAUUAUGGAAAACGUUGACAAUCUUCCUGAUCGCCGUGAACGCGUCACCGAAUUGGGAAGGAUUAUAUCCUUGCUUCCUUUGGCAAACUACACACUCCUUCGGUUACUAUGCGCUCAUCUUAUCCGAGUCGUACAAAACGCCGGCGCAAAUAAAAUGACCGUACGAAAUGUCGGUAUCGUUUUCUCAGCAACACUCAGCAUCCCGACCAGCGUUUUCAGCUUACUGUUGACAGAGUUUGACGAUAUUUUUUGGACAGACGACAGUAAUUUCGACUGA